GCAGGCUGGUUCUCAUCUCCCCUUCCUCCUCGCUCGCUCACUCGCUCGCGCCGCCGCCCUGCCGUGCGCCGAGGUUGGCGCCGCGCUUCCCGGAUUUGCCACACCAGCGUGGCGCCGACGGUGGUGUAGGUUGAGAAAGAGAGAGGAGGGCCAGCAGCGGCUGUUAACAUCCUCGUACGCGCCGUCGCCGCGCCUACCCCAAUCUGGAAGAGCUGUUGUUUGUACUGGCUCCUGCUGCCUCGCCGGUCGCGGUCGCCGUACUGGGAUACUCCCCGACGCCCGUCAGCGCCAGCACAGCGUGCUCCUCUCUAGCAAGGUUCUUCUUCACAGCAAAUGAGCCAACAACCUAUGUGGAGAUUACAGGGGGACGUUUGAUGUUUAUAUGGAAUCAGUAAAAUAAAGUGUAGGUGUGUGAGAUCUGCUGAUUUGGUCGGACUGCACAAGGAACUAAGGAGGGCGAUCAAAUGAGCACUUGGUGAGCAAGAUUGCUGACUUGCUUGGAGUGUCUUUCAACGACCAUCGUCUGGAAAAAGAGAAAACCUCAACAACCAUGGCGGCGGCUGUUGUCGGGCAGCUGUUGCUCACGCUCGGUGCGGCGCUGGCCAAGGAGGCGGCCAUCUUCGGCGGGUCUUUGCUCGGCAAGGAAGCAGCCGCCCUCAGGGGCCUCUUCAGCAAGAUCCGCCGGUCCAAGACAGAGCUGGAGAGCAUGCAGGCCUACCUCCAGGAGGCGGAGCGGUUCAGGGACACCGACAAGACCACCGCCAUCUUCAUCGGCGAGAUCAGGGGCCUCGCCUUCCAGAUCGAGGACGUCGUUGAUGAGUUCACCUACAAGCUUGAGGAGUUCAAGCAUGGAGGGUUCGCCAGCAAGAUGAAGAAGCGGCUCAAGCAUAUCAAGACCUGGCAUCGCCUGGCAGCCAAGCUCCAAGAAAUCGAAACCCAACUGCAGGAUGCCAAGGGGAGGAAGAAGGAUUACACCCUCACCGGCAGAUCUGCUUCUGCUACCAGAUCGACGAGUCAAGGUCAAGCUCUGCACUUCACCAGAAAUGAGGACCUUGUGGGGAUUGAAGAGAACAAGGAGAGGUUGAUACAGUGGCUGACCAGCGGCAGUGGCGGUGGCGAUGGCCUUGAGCAGAGAAGCAUCAAAGUCACCACGGUGUGGGGGAUGCCUGGUGUUGGAAAAACCACUCUGGUUGCUCAUGUGUACAACACCCUGAAAGUGGAUUUCGAUGCCGCAGCGUGGGUAACUGUGUCGAAAAGUUGCCAUAUUGAGGAUCUGCUGAAGAAGAUCGCCGCCCAGUUCGGCAUCGCUGUGGAUGUUGCCAACGUUGAGAUGAGAGGCCUAGCAGAGUCCAUCCACAACUACCUUCAAGGUAAAAAGUACAUCCUCGUCCUGGAUGAUGUUUGGACUCCACUUGUGUGGUCGGAGAUAAGGAAUGCCUUCCCAACUUCUAACUGUACUGGCAGAUUUGUUAUCACAUCAAGAAAGCAUGAAGUGUCACUGUUGGCAACCUGGGAGUUUGCUAUUCACUUGGAACCGCUACAAGAACAUCACUCCUGGCUGUUAUUUUGCAAAGGAGCCUUUUGGAAUGAUGAUGACAAAGAGUGUCCGGUGGAGCUGCAGGAAUUGGCUCACAAGUUCAUUGCAAAGUGUCAAGGCUUGCCUAUUGCUAUUGCUUGCAUUGGCCGCCUACUCUCCUGGAAACGCCCAACUUCUGCUGAAUGGGAGGAUGUAUACAGGGGUUUGGAUUCACAAUUGACGAAAGAUGUGAUCCCUGAUGCUCAUAUGAUCCUAAAGGUCAGCUUGGAGGACCUUCCGUAUGAUUUGAAGAAUUGUUUCCUACAUUGUGCACUGUCGCCAGAAGAUUAUGUAUUAAAGAGGAGGAAGACAAUGAGGCUCUGGAUCGCUGCGGGGUUUAUCAGGGAAAAAGAUGACAGCAAAACAUUGGAGGAAGUAGCAGAGGGAUACUUGGCUGAGCUUGUCAACCGAAGCCUUUUACAGGUAGUGGAAAGGAAUUAUGCCGGACGAGUGAAAUACUGCAGGAUGCAUGAUGUCAUACGCCUUCUUGCCCUCAACAAAGCCAAGGAGGAAUGCUUCGGUAAAGUUUAUAAUGGCUCUGCUACUGGGGCAUUCUCUGUAGAGGGUGCACGUCGCAUAUCGGUCCAUGAGGGAAAUCUUGAACAACUGAGCCGAUCUGGCACAACACAUCUCCGUGCAAUCUAUGUAUUUGAGAGGUAUAUCGAGGUCGAUUUGCUGAAGCCUAUUCUAACAUCUUCGAAACUGCUGACAAUGUUGGAUCUUCAAGGUACAUGUAUCAAAAUGCUGCCCAGUGAGGUAUUCAACUUGUUUAAUUUGCGUUAUUUGGGUCUUAGAGAUACUGAGAUGGAAAGCCUGCCUGAAGCAUUAGGGAGGUUGCAAAACCUAGAAGUCUUGGAUGCUUCCAAAUCUAAGUUGACGUAUUUGCCAAACAGUGUUGUAAAACUUAAGAAGUUGAGAUACCUGUAUGCGUGGUCUGUUGUUGCAUCUGAGGAAUUUGAAAUUGGAAAUCUUGGUGGAGUCAAGGUGCCUAAUGGCAUACAACAGUUGGCAGGACUGCGGGCUCUUCAGUCCGCCAAAGCCACUCCAGAGUUUCUGCGUGAAGUUGUAGCUCUGACAGAGCUGAGAACAUUUGGUGUCUGCAACGUGAGGAGUGAACAAUCUGCUGACUUGAGCAAUGCUAUCACCAGAAUGAGCCAUCUUGUUCAUCUCGAAAUUGUUGCUGCAGCUGAGAAUGAGGUGCUGCAGUUUGAAGGUCUAUAUUUACCUCCAACCCUUUCUUCGCUUGGUUUAGCAAGGCAGCUAGAAAAAACAUCGAUACCUCAGCUUUUCUCUUCUUGGUCACACCUUCAUAGCCUCACUCGAUUGCACCUGGCAUUCUCCAAUAUUGAUGAGCAAACCAUUUUCUGUCUGCACAUGCUACGUGGCCUACACUUUCUUGAGGUAAUGAAGGCUUUUGAAGGGAAGAGGUUGGAAUUUUACGCAGGGUCAUUUCCAAAACUUCGGUUUCUACACAUAUGGGGCGCAGCACACCUUAACCAAGUUGGAAUAGAAGAGGGUGCAAUAAAAACCCUCGGUGAGCUAUGGUUCACUGACUGUCCUGAGCUAAAGUUUCUUCCAGAUGGCAUCGAACACCUUGAAGCCCUUGAGAAAUUAAUUCUGAAAGACACGUCAGAAGAGCUGAUAAAGAAGCUCCGGCAGAAGAGAGAUUCACAUGAAUGCAACCAAGAUGCAAUGAAGAUUAGCCACAUAAGGAAUGUUACAGUUGCACUGAGCCAUAAAGGAUUUGAGGAAAGGAUUAGGUGAUUGUCACCAUUCCCAAGUGCGAAACACACUUUGCUCCCUCCUAUAUUGGUCUGCCAGACUGUCCUCCUGUAUUAAGGCUCUGAUGGGGCGAGAAGAAUUCAAGCUGGGCAGGCCACGAGGCGUUGCACUUGUUGCUCAAUGAAAUUCUGGGCCAUUCCUUCUUACUGUACUUACUCUAUAUCAAAGACAACACAAGACAGAUGGCCGUAAUGAUUUCUUAGCUGCAAGGGAGAACAAUAACCAUGCGUUCUUGCUCUGCAAUGAUGUCGGUGUGAUGUUCUUCCACAUCAGUGAGAUGAGUAUUUUGCUCAUCAGUCAGUGGUGCUUUCUGUUGGCUACCUACAUCUACUUCCUUUGGCAUGGUGAACUUUGUGCUGCAUGCAACUCAAUCUGGAAACAAUGUUCCUGUAAAUUAUAAAGAUCGUAUUCAACUUUGUCAGUGUUGUGGUGGAUCACAUCCCCAGAGCAAUUUGUAAAUGAGUUGAAUUUGUGAAUUCAGUUUUAUACACUGGCUCAGGAGUCUGAAUAUUUGAGUAUUCUUGGGGCAUCUUAGGUUUUA